GCCAUUGUAAGGGCAAUAGCGGCCGUGAGGCGCGGCGGAGCCCCCGCCUCCCGACGGGCGAGUGCCCCGUUCUUCGGGCUCACGCCUCUCGGCCGCCCCGACCCUCCUCCGACCCCAGCCAUGGACGAGGAGAGGAGGAGGAAGCUGGAGGCCGGUAGAGCCAAGUGAUCUGUGCAGUGGUCUCAGUGCAUCUUUCCAGGUGGCCAUGCCUGUUCCACGCUUGGAGCAAUGCCGAGCUGCUGGACCUCAUCGGCAUUUGGGGAGAGGAGGCAGUGCAGUCACAGCUAUGCUCCAGCUGUCAGAAAUAUGGUAUUUACGGACAGAUUGCUAGAUGCAUGAUAGAGAAGGGUCAUGACCGGGACACACUGCAAUGCAGGAUCAAAGUGAAGGAGCUGCGGACCGCCUACUACAAGGUACAGGAGACAAACCGCCGCUCUGGUGCCGCACCCACGAGCUGCCGGUGCUACAAAGAGCUGGACACGAUACUUGGUGGUGACCCACCUCCACUCCAAAGGCCCCUGUGGAUACUUCGUUGGCUUGCGUGCCAGUCGAGAGUGGACCGAACCAGGAGGAGGCAAUAUUGGAUGAAGAGUGGGAGAGGGACCCAGAGGCGGAGGAUGACUCGGAGGCCAGAGAUUAAUGCAGUCAGGAGCUCCUUUCUACCCUGGAGGAGCCUAGCCAAACACAGCAGUCGGAUCUUGGCAAAGUGCAAACAGGAGAGGAGACCCCUGCUUGCUCACUUCAGACAGCGAAAAACAAAAGGUGACAACACGCAGUCGCAGAAAAAGGCGGCGAAGAGGAAGGACUCGUCUGACUACAUGCAAAACAUUCCAAAGGAAGAGUGUGUGAUAGUGGCCCAGGAUUCUGAUGUUCUUACAGACCUUAAUAUAAGUGUAGAGAGUAAGACUGAAGAGACAGAGACAAGAUCUGAGAAUAAGCAGAAGACCGGAGUCCCGAGCGACUGUGCAGCGUCGCUUGGCCUUGACAAAAAGGGCAGACUCGGACAGUGUGUAGCGAGCCGGUGUGGCUCCCCUCCUCCUCCGGGACGGUCGAGCCCCGGCCGGGCACCUUUACGUAUAGGGAUAACAGAAACAUGA